CCUUCAACACGAUGCCUGAGCCAGCCAAGUCCGCGCCCAAGAAGGGCUCCAAGAAAGCCGUCACCAAGGCUGCCGGAAAAGGCAAAGGCAAGCGCAGAAAGACAAGGAAGGAGAGCUACGCCAUCUACGUGUACAAGGUCCUGAAGCAGGUCCACCCCGACACCGGCAUUUCGUCCAAGGCCAUGAGCAUCAUGAACUCCUUCGUCAACGACAUCUUCGAGCGCAUCGCCUCCGAGGCGUCUCGUCUGGCUCACUACAACAAGAGAUCCACCAUCUCUUCCAGGGAGAUCCAGACCGCCGUCCGCCUCCUGCUGCCAGGUGAGCUGGCCAAGCACGCCGUGUCUGAGGGCACCAAGGCUGUCACCAAAUACACCAGCUCCAAGUAAAAUGCUCCACUAAAGACUUUGUGGCGCCAAUCAAACGGCUCUUUUAAGAGCCACCUAAAUCUGCAAAAGAGUAAAUUGCCUUAAAUAACAACUGUAAUAUAAUAGAAGUAUGAAUGAUUGCCAAUCUUGAUCUGCUCUGUUCAUGAAAUCGUCUCAGUGACACAGUUGAUGGGUAACACGAUUCAAUCAGUAUCGUGUUAAUUGAAUAUACAUAUGAUUUGAAUGAAAUAGGUUUAUCCCGGACAUGUAAUCAACCAUCAACCCUGUAGUGUGAUUUGAUUAAGAGUUCAGAUUAUAAAUAUUUGACAAAAAGAAAAAAUAGAAUAAACUGAAGCCAAAAUGUAUUUCUGCCUAUCCUAUAACCAAGCCUGGGCAAUUAAUUUGAACUGGGGGGGCAAAUAUCUGAUAUUUAAGAAAAACUAAUACAAUAAUGUCUGAAUGCUAAAAAGAUUAUGACACACAGCCUUAAAAAACGGAAAGGAAUUUUAUUUAUUUUUUACUGGAAGAAAUGUCCACCGUGUACAUGGAAAAAAAAGAAUGUGGGAUUGACUAACUAUGAAGGAUAAAAUAAAUAUCGACAACAUAUAAAUGUCACACCCCCUCUUGACUGAUAUUUUACAAUCUAGCAAAACACAACAAAAAUGCAACAAACACAGCG